AUGAUUGAAGUUUCAAGAUUGCCUGAGUUCUCAAAUUGUGGAAACAUGAAUUCAAUUUCAAUGCACCCUUCCUCUGAUCAGGACCUGCAGGGCUCUCUGGCAGGAGGCAGAAGCAGACAGAGGUCUCACUCCUACUACAGUCGAGAGGACUGUAAGAAUUACGGUGUGCAGACUCAGACUGAGGAAACCUUUUCAAGACCUCGCUCCAGGUCCUUUUACAGUAUUGAGACAUCAGAACAUAACUCUGAUCAUGACAUGGGAAACUCUACAUCGCCCAGUCUGCUGAGACAGAAGGCAAACUCCCUCCUACAGUAUCAAGAGAACAAAAAGGAAACUAAGAAGUCCAGGUCUAAAGCAAACAAGCACCAGCCAUCAAGAGAGCCCAAUGGUAGUAAAGGUAAUCUGAAGCCUGUGUCCAUGAUCACCAUCUCUGAGUCAGACAACUGGGAAAUCAGCUCCAACUCUGGGAUGAAGUACGGGCAGUUUGUGGACUGGGAGAAGAUUGAUCCUGAGGCUGCUAAGAAAUACCAGCAGAUCCUAAAGAGCAAUCAUCAGCAGUUAAAGACCAUGGGCCGUGAAGGAUUCUGGGAAAUGCCCCAUACGCUGCGAGCCAAAGCCUACUAUCACAUCAUCCACAGCAUUAAUUGCAUAGGUACUGACACUCCAGACAGAGAGGUCUACUAUGAACUGUCCAAAAAGCUCUUUGGAGAACAAAAAAUCAGCACCCAUCCUGUGCCAGAAUACAUGGAGGCAGGAGAAAUACCCAGAUACUGUCUCAACAAAGCCGGCCUGAACGCCGUUAAAAAAAUCCUCCUCUGCCUGGGCAGCUACUUCCCAGACAUGAACUUCUGCCCCAUCCUGCCUGAGCUGGUCUCCCUUCUCCUCCACUUCAGCCAGGAUGAAGCUGAGUGUUUCCAUAGCGUGUCCCGACUCAUCAGUUACAAGGACCCCAACAAGCGUUACAUCGACCAGACCUUCCUCACCUACCGGGCCUCCUGUAUGACCUUUGGUGACCUUGCAAACAAGUGUUGCAGGGGCAUCCGAAAGCUGAUUGCAAGCUCUCACCAGAACCUGUUUGAGUUUUACUCAGACUGGAUAAUGUGGAUAUUUGCCGACCUUCCAUUCACAUACGCCAUCAGAGUGCUGGACGUGUAUCUUCUGGAGGGCUUCAAGGUGCUUUACAGGGUGGCACUGGCUUUGCUCAGCCUCUACAGGGUAUCCGUUUCAUCACGGGUGGCAGACGUGGAGGACUUCAGGACAGAUAUGAAGAGGUUUGUGCAGAACAUAGCUCGACAUUGCACAGCUGAGAAACUUCUGGAAAGGGGCUUCAUGAUCCCCAUGGCCACACGGAGGGAGCUCAACCUCCUCUUCAAUGCAAACAAAGACUCCCUCAUGCAAAAAGGAGUCAGCAUACACCAGAAGAGGCAGUCAGUCGAGACAGUGGAUUUCAGCAACAUCACUUCCAGUGUUGUGACAGCGACUGAGAUGAGAGUCGUCUGGGCUUGGAUACCUGAACGCUUUGCCCUUUUCAGUCCCAUUAGACUGUUUAGCACAGCUGAACAUGGACGAAGUCUGUCCUCAUUCUAUUCACAUGCGGAGGGACAUGAACCAGCAGUCUUGAUUAUCAAAACUUCAGAUGAAGAGGUCUUUGGGGCCUUCCUGUCAACAGAUAUUAUAGAGAGAAGAAAGCAUGACUCUGGUGAACUUACGUAUUUUGGAACUGGAGAAUGUUUUGUUUUCACACUUCGUCCCAGCAUGGAGCGCUACCAGCAAGCUUUGAUCAACAUCAUGACUCGGAGAGCUACUCCUCAGCAGGCUCUGGCCUCCUCUGAGAUUCCUAAGACUGGCUGGUCACCAAUCCUCUCCAACACAGGCACAACUUUAACCUGUCCUGCUGGAACCCCCCAGGACCCCAGUUACCUAACAAUCCCCUUCACUGCCCCAUCAGGGGAACCCAUGACAGCUAAGGAGCCAAAGAGGCCCAAGGAACAGGAAGCCUCUAUGUUUAUAGCAGGCAGUGACAGUCAGCUGAUUAUUGGUGGGGAUGGCGGCCAUGCACUCUGCCUAAAGGAAGACUUAACAGGAGGAUACACAGAACCUUGUGACACAUUCAAGAGCAUCCCACUCUGCAAGGGAUGUUUCAAGAUCCAAGCACUAGAAGUGUGGGGCAUCCAGAACUCUAUAUCGCUUUCUCAUAGUUUUUGCUCUCAUUAAUGUAAUGAGGGAGCUGCAUCAUAACUUUACAUCUUAUGGAAAAUGCUACAUUUUUUUAUGUACACAUAAUGUAAGAGUGAAAGUUAACCAACAUUUUCUUUUUCUUUUUUCUUUUUUUACUUCGGAAACCAGUGAUAUUUCUUGGAUGUAUCUACUGUUGGUUUCUGAAUUAUUUAGCAUUUUAUUUAAAUGUCAUUCAUUUUCAUGCACUUUAAAUCGUAAUGAUAUACCUACUUUCAGAUUUAUAAAGAUUAAUUCAGACAUGUGACCUUAUAGGAUUCAUGUUUUUACUAUUAAUAUAAUCGGAUAACUGUUUCAAACUUAAAAAUAUUUACCAGUUGUUAAAACUAUUGAAAUUGUCAAGACAUUUUUGUUCCUACAUAUGUUGGGUUUGAAAGAUAUUUACUUUUUUUCACUGUUGAAAUUAUAUUGAAAAACAUCUUUCAUAUAAGAGUCCUAUUUACUAAA